CUUAAUCAUUAUUCUCUGUUAAGAGGAGAUGGCGUAGUCCUCGUCGCGGUGAAGUGCGUUUCACAAGUGAAGGACGGCUCCGCUUACAAACAGGAAUGAAAGUCCACUGGUCGACGGGAGUGAUGUGAGAGUUGCGACGUUGCAUGGUUUGGCCUGAUUGCUUCGUCGACAUAACUGGAUCAUCUCGCGUCAGCGUGAAAAUAUCGACGCCUCGCAGCACAAACCUGAGUCUGUGGGAGGGCGACUACUCUUUCGGACAGAAGUAUCUCAUGUCCAAGCCCAUGGCCGCAACAACGGAGGUGCCCGAACAGGAGAUGGAGCACACCCUUGAGCCUGAGGCGGAGAAUCUGAGCACUCACAUGGAGAGGCAGGCACGUCUCAUGCUCGAACGGCUGACCAUCCACGACCUCGAGCUUUCAUUGGAAGCCGGAAACGUACCCGAAAAGCUGCCAUCUCCGUCCACCGAAUGCAAGCCACUGACACCUCCAUUGCCCAACGGCAAUCAGCCGGAAGCAGAACACAAAGUGGCUCCAAAAUCUGCCGAAGUCCGAAAUGCAUGCUCCAUAGGGGCUGAAGCCACUCCGCAGGUGACGGGCAAGGGUUCCUUGGCGAACAGAUAUCUCGAGAAGAUUGGCCAGUUGCGUGGUGCUACGGAAUUUUCCCAAGGCAGCCGGGAAACUUGCACACUGGCAGAGGAUCUCAUGAGCUUUGAUGGCUCCCAAAAGCAGCCCGACAGAAACAAGAAGGAAGAAUUCGGGGAGUUGUGCACCAAGUUGUGA